AUGGCAGAAAGACAACCCUCUCGACACAAAACUGCGAAGCAAUUGCCAGUUUACCAAACACCAACCAAUCAUAUCAUGUCUACUCAAUCCAACAAUACCAUGACCCAAUUGUCACUAAGUCGCCCCCAAAUGUCACUGAAGUCUUCUUUGCACAAGAUGCACAAGGUGAUGCCGUCCUCCGACUUGCUUCCGUGUGCUCCUCCAAAGGAUGAUACACCAGAAGAACGAAGCGCCUUCGUGAUUGGAAUCUUGGAUGAAGUCCUUGACAUUCUGAAUGACGACUUGUUCGAAGACGAUGACGACGACGAUCUCGACUUCGGCACCAACUCAGACUGCGGGUUGUAA